UCUCUCUCUCUCUCUCUAGCUCUUCUGGGUUUGUUCUUGGCUCCUUUCCUUAGCUAUUUUCUAAUAUAAUCCUUUUUUUAGCUGCAAUCUGAUGACAUCAUUAGCUGGAUGCCACAGAGUUUCCUUGUUUUCUUUCCCCUCUUAGCGUUCUUGAUUAGGGAGGUCAGGAUUUUCAGGACUUAUAAUUACCCAAAACGAGAUUACGAUCAAAGUAGCCUAAUUUUGCUUCUCAGCUAAGCUACCCUUUUUUCACAUAUUUAUUUACAUAUAUAAUUAUUUAUACAUGUAUAAAUAUAUAUUCUCAAUCUCCUAGUAGGGUUCCGCAUACUCAUAUCUGCUGUUUAGGUUCAGCUUCUUUCUUUCCUUGUUUAUUCCCCAAGCACCAAAAAAAAGAAAACCUAAAGAGCUUGAUCUUUACAACCCUCCCUAGUUGCGGUUUCACACAAUCUUUAAAUCUCCGAGCUGGGUUUUUUUUUUUUUUUUCCUCACAUAUGGAUAUCCAACACAAAGAAACUAGGUUUCCGCCACUAGCUGCCUGCUAUCAAGAGCCAACGCCCGCAAAGAAACCGAGCCGGGAAGAGAUGGAGAACAACAACGGAGGACUGUUUCCGAAGCUCAAGGUUCCAAAGCCGGAACCUUUAGACCAAAACCCGCAAAACUCCUCCGCUGCUCCACAGCCUCAAUUCACCAGAUUCUGCGAGGUCUGCGGCAAGGGUUUCAGCUCAGGUAAGGCUCUCGGAGGCCACUUGAGAAUACAUAUUCAAGCUGACAGGGAAUUGUUUAAUCAGUCUCGCAAGAACAUGAUUUCAUCAAAAGCCAAGAUUUCGAAACCUAAUAAUUCCGAUGUUGGAAGCUCGAAUGCCGGUGGUGUUGUUGGGAUUGGAGGUAAUAGCAAUAGCAUCAGCAAUAUGAAGCCUGUUUGUUGCGUUUGCGGCAAGAAUUUUCCGUCGAUGAAGUCACUUUUUGGGCAUAUGAGGUCGCAUCCAGAGAGAGAAUGGAGGGGAAUUCAGCCGCCUCCGGCCGCCAAAAACAGCUCUUCCUCCACUCUGUCAGAUGAUGUGCCUGAUCAGAGUGAUAAUAAAGCUCAUGAUGGUCAGAUUGACUCUGAUGAGAUGUUUUUCGGGUCAAAAAGUUUGGUUCUUGAUCUCUCCAAGACUCUGCCUAAAUGGUCUCAAACCGCAAGGAGAGGGAGGAAGAGCGGCAGCACUGGACUAGAGUCCAACUCUGACCAGUCCGUCUCCGGUUUGGAUUCGAGAAGUCCCAGGACUAUUGAAGAAGAUGAAGAGCAGAUGAAGGAAGCUGUCCAUGAUCUUUUGUUGCUAGCUCAGGCCAAUCCACUGGAAGGAGGAGGAGCUGAUGACACCAGGUGUGAGGCCACCAACAGCAAUUUCUUGAUCACUGCCAAUCAGGACGGAGAGGGAGCACUUCCAUGCCAUGGGUACACUGCAACCGCCACCGUGGGAUCCACAAACAAGAGGAAGGGAUCACCAUUUGAGGUGAAGAGGAGUGAGAAAAAAUGGUAUGAUGAAUAUGGUGGGGGUUUUGGUCAAGAAAAGUCAACGGUGAAGAAUUUCUUGAAGCUUGGAUUGAUGGAGGAGGAAAAUAUGGGAAAUCAUAAUAAUACGGAGGAUGAGUUAUCAGACAGUCAGAAUUCUGAGAGCAUUGCGGUGAUGAGGAGGAACAGGAGGAAGAUGAAGUUGGUGGACUUGGAAGGAAGGCUGAGGUACAAGUGCAAUCUCUGUGUGAAGUGUUUCCCUAGCCACCAAGCUCUGGGAGGACACAUGUCAAGCCACAACAAGCUCAAGGGGAUCGCGGUGGCCCACCCAUCUAUGGAGAACCAGUCUGCACCCGCUGACGUGUCGGCCGGUGAAGAUAGGGUGCAUGAUGAUGAAGCAGAAAGAGUAGCACUAAAUCAUCAGCAGCACCACCAGUGUAAAAUCUGCAACAAGACCUUCCCAACAGGUCAGGCUUUGGGGGGUCACAAGAGGAGCCACUGGAAUGGCCCCCCUGAGCAGCAGCAGCAGCAGCAGGUGGUGGGGGGUCCCCCUGAGCAGCUACAGCAACAGCUGCAAGCUCAGUCCAGUCAGAAUAUUGCAGGUGUCGGUGGUGCGAGAAGAGUUUUGGACUUUGACCUAAACGAGCUUCCACCAAUUGAGGAGGAUGACCAGCAAGGUGAGGGUGCAGGUUAUCAGUAUGGUGGCGCUGCAGCAGCUAGAUGUGCACCUUCUUCUUACAAUUCAGUUACUAAUUAGCCAGCCAGCUGAAGAAGCUGAGGUUUUUUUUCUUCUUCUCUCAGUCUCUGGCUAUCUGAUAGUUCAGUUAGAUUUUGUUUUUUAGUCUUAGAAACCCUACUGCUCUUUCCAGUUUGAUCAAAGUGGGGUCCAUUGCCAUUGUCAUUUUGGGUUAAUUCUUUUCAUGUAAAAGCAUGAUGAUAUGGUCCUCUCAAGGAUUUUGCUUUAGUGGAAGGAGACUUCCAAUUUCCAAAUGGUACUAUAGCUAGUGUUUUUACUUUGGGGAGGAAGAUGAUGCAAAGAAUCUGCAGGACUUGUGCAUAUAUACAGUGUUUCUUUUUGGUUAAA